CACGACGACCAUCGCCAUCCGCCGCCCAACGCCAACCACCAAAUCGCCGACACUACUGCACCGACCUGAACACCCUUGACGCCAAGUUUGAACCCAUCUCGCGAAGUGGGAGACCCUUAUUUCGCUGUUCAUCGCCGCCAUGGCGGCCUCCGACGACCUGAUUGAUUUCGACAUCAUCGAAAACCAGAAGGAGAACAUUCAAUCUCUACCAGGGGGCCGAUCUGCCCGGGAACUAGCCCGUAUCUUCAGCCCGCGGGAGACCACAGACAAGCUCGCUGUCCCAUCGCCAAACGAGACUAAAACUGUCAAUGAUGCUAUCAGACAAGAAUACGAGGCGGAGCUGCAGGCUAUUGACGAGUCGGACGACCCCCUCGAUGUCUACGAUCGAUAUGUGAAGUGGACACUCAACGCCUACCCCUCGGCCCAGGCCACUUCAGAAUCAGGUCUUCUCCCUCUCCUGGAACGCGCCGUGAAGCACUUCCUCUCCUCAGCUCACUACAAGAACGACCCCCGCUACCUGCGCUUAUGGUUGCAGUACAUCAGACUUUUCUCGGAUUCACCGCGAGAGACAUUCGCAUUCUUGGCGCGCCACCGCAUCGGUGAGAACCUUGCCUUGUUUUAUGAGGAGUUCGCAGCCUGGCUCGAAGGGGCGGGAAGAUGGACACAGGCAGACGAAGUCUACCACCUGGGGAUCGAUCGGGAGGCUCGGCCAGCAGAACGGCUGGCCCGCAAAUACCGCGAGUUUCAGCAUCGGUACGAGCAACGGACGCAAGACAAUGGCCCCUCGUCUCCGGCCUUGCCCGCCGUCCGCCCAGCCUUGGCUGCCAAGGUUGAUCCUUUUGCGUCGGCUACACCCGCCUCGCCUGAUCCGCAGGCCGAGCGCCCGGCACCCGCGCGGAGUGCCGCCCCGAAGACGAAGUCCGGCAAACCGAAGAUGGCCAUCUUCUCUGAUGCUGGCGCAGCGAGCCAGCCGGCGGUCAGUGGACCGGCGCAAGGGUGGGACAACAUCGGAUCGCUGCAUGAUCGACGCAAGGAGAACAAGGUGGAAGCGAAACCGUGGGCGGGAGAAACGUUGAAGGCCGGAAAAAAGCCCGUGCCGAAGGAGAAGAUGACGAUAUUCAGGGAUGAGUCAAAAUCCAAAAUCCAAGUCAAACAAGACACUCCAGAUUCAGUUCCAGAGCACCGUGUAAGGGAAGCGAUCAACCCACGUACCGGACGCCGAGAACGCGUCUUCGUCAACCUCGAUGCUGUAUAUCCUGAAUAUAAGAAUCCCAACCAUGAAGUUAGCUUCGAGGAGCUCAGAGCGAUCAACCGGGGGUGGAUGAAGAAGGAUUGGCGGGUGCGCAAGGCACCGCUCAGGGAGAUUCCUGGCAAUGCUAAUGCUGAAAUUGCCCCGGAAAAUCCGCUCGAAGUCGGCAUAGAGAAUGAACUGCCUGCAGAAUUCAAGCAGAAACUGACCGUGAAGGAUAGAGAUACUCAUGCGCAGGAACAGGCUGGAGCAAAUACGGUCCAGGAGAACAAAGCCAAGGCACGAAAAAUGAAAAUGCGCGAGGUCAAGCAAGAAACUCAGACGAUUAAAAUGAAGUUCGACUCUCCGACAGGAGGAAAGAUUCGUCGCAAAAGCACCGCCGAGCCUACCAUGACCAUUCACACACGGGCUGCGACUGAUGAGAUCUAUAGUAUAUUUAAUCAGCCUCUGAAGGCAGAGACUGAUCAAGCGGCCGAAAGUGACUUCGAUGAUGAUGAUUACACUAGUGCUGGGGAGAGUACUGUGACGGGGCAUAUUUCCGCAGCUUCGAGCGAUUUUGGCGACGAUGAAACAACAACCUUCCACAAGUCCUUUGACGAAGAUGGUUUCGAGGAUAACACACGGGCCGAAAGUGUUAUCGAUGGUGAAUGGACCCAAUUCUCCGCUUGUGACGUCCCUGACUCACACACGUCUCAUUCACUCGCUGAUGAACGUCCGUCAUACGGCGGGAGAGAGAACGAAGAAGAGCAGUUGGACGAAAACUCCGGUGUUGAGCAGCCUGAGAGACAACGAUUUGUACCAGAAAUGCCCGAGGAUUACGUUGCGCCCUACGGCACUUACCGAGAUCCUGCAAUGGUAGCUCAGAACCGCUUGCCAUUUAUGACACCCAUCGUUGAGCAGACGGAGUACUCUAUUUCGAUGACAGCAGCCAGAGCCCAGAUGUAUAAUGCGAAGACACCUUCCAAACCCCAGAUGGGCAACCUCUUGUCGAGCCCGCUGCUUGCUACCACGCCUUACCAUGAGGACCACUUUGCUGAUAUCCCUGAGGAUGUGACCAUUUGCCCGAAUGUGGAUGAAGUGCGGUCGAGCAUGAGACUAACACCCUUGAGUGAGAGCAGUCGCCAGGAGCCUGUUAUCGCGCAAUUGCAAUGCAGUCCCACGAACAAAGACAUUCGCAACACAAUUCUUCGAUCUCUACAGCCACCACUAGCCUCUUACUCAGGCUACCACAACCACCCGCAGAUGGUAACCCAUUACGGCUCAGAGGUCCAGAGAUUUUUCAAGGCGAAUAGUAAGCGUGGGAGGAGUGGGGAUGAAGCGGCUUUUGACUUGCCUAUUCUUGAACUUCCAGGUGCCGACAGAAGUUAUAUCAUCCGACGUGAACUUGGUGCUGGAGCUUAUGCCCCUGUAUACUUCGCCGAAAGCAUCGAAGGGCUACCGUCCGACUCGGAGAACGAAUCAACAGAAAACUCCAGCAGAGAUUCCCGCAACAAGACCAUUUCCAGCUACAACACCCCGCGAUAUGGGUUUGAGGCCCUCAAAUUGGAGGUUGGCCCACCGAGUGAAUGGGAAUUUUACAUGAUUCGAACUGCACACGACCGCUUGACACGAAACCCUGAGCUAUCUCGCGCCACAGACAGCAUCAUUCGUGCUCACGAGCUUCAUGUAUACAAGGGCGAAAACAUCCUGGUGGAAGACUAUCGUGGUCAGGGAACAAUUUUGGAUCUGGUCAACCUCGUCCGCCACGAACCCAUCUCAACAACCACCAACAGUGAGUGUGGAUUGGACGAGGUGCUUGCCAUGUUCUUCACGGUUGAACUCUUCCGGACCGUUGAAGCUCUGCACUCAUGCGGUAUCUUGCACGGAGACAUUAAAGCGGACAACUGUCUUGUCCGUCUCGACGACAAGCCCGCCUUGUCUCCCACGCUGAUCGACUUGGGCAAUGACUAUUCCGACCCGCGCGAAGUGUACUAUUCCCCCAAGGGUCACCACGGCUGGUGCAACAAGGGUCUCUCCCUGAUCGACUUUGGCCGCGGUAUUGACAUGCAGGCGUUCUCCCCGUCGGUCCAAUUUCUCGCCGACUGGGACGUCGGGAAACACGAGUGCAACGAGAUCCGCGAGGGCCGACCCUGGACCCACCAGAUCGAUCUGUACGGACUGGCCGGGACGAUCCACGUGAUGCUCUUCGGCAAGUACAUCGAAUCGAUGCCCGUCCGCCGCAGCGAGGGCGCCUCCUCCGACUCGGACAGUCCCGACUCCUCGACCACGCGCACCUACCGCAUCCGCGAGUCCCUCAAACGCUACUGGGAGCGCGAGAUCUGGACCGACGUCUUCGACCUCCUCCUCAACCCCGGUGCAGAGCGCUGGGUCAACGUCGAGCGCGAGAACCCAAACCCCGCCGCCAGCACGUCGACCGGACCCAUCCUGCCCGUAACGAACUCGAUGAGACUUCUGCGCGAGCGAAUGGAAGCCUGGCUCCUGCUGAACGCAGAGAAGAAGGGCCUAGGUCUGCAGAUCCGUAAAUUGGAAGCGAUCUUCGCUGAGCGUAAGAAGCGUCUGGAGAAGGUCUAA